AUGGUGCUGAGAAAAGUGGGUAAGUAUGAAAUUGGAAGAACCAUUGGUGAAGGAACCUUCGCGAAGGUUAAGUUCGCUCAGAAUACUGAAACUGGUGAAAGCGUUGCGAUGAAGAUACUCGAUCGUAGCACCAUCAUCAAGCACAAAAUGGCCGAUCAGAUCAAGAGGGAGAUUUCUAUUAUGAAGCUAGUUAGACAUCCAUAUGUUGUUCGCCUUCAUGAGGUUCUUGCCAACCGUACUAAGAUUUAUAUCAUAUUGGAGUUCAUCACAGGUGGUGAAUUGUUUGAUAAAAUUGUACACCACGGGCGUCUCAGUGAAGCUGAAUCUAGGAGAUACUUCCAACAGCUUAUUGAUGGUGUAGAUUAUUGCCAUAGUAAAGGAGUUUAUCAUAGAGAUUUAAAGCCUGAAAACCUUUUACUUGAUUCACUAGGAAAUAUGAAGAUUUCAGAUUUCGGUUUGAGUGCUUUGCCAGAACAAGGGGUUAGUAUGCUGCGGACAACUUGUGGAACUCCUAAUUAUGUAGCUCCUGAGGUACUCAGUCACAAGGGUUAUAAUGGUGCUCCAGCAGAUGUUUGGUCCUGUGGCGUUAUCCUCUAUGUUCUAAUGGCGGGAUAUCUUCCCUUUGAUGAGCUUGAUCUUACCACGCUAUACAGUAAGAUUGACAAGGCAGAGUUUUCAUGCCCUGCUUGGUUUCCUGUGGGAGCGAAAUCUUUGAUACAGAGAAUUUUGGACCCAAACCCUGAGCAUCGUAUUACCAUUGAGCAGAUUAGAAAUGAUGAGUGGUUUCAAAAAAGCUACGUUCCUGUCCAUCUCCUCGAGUAUGAAGAUGUAAAUCUGGAUGAUAUAAAUGCUGUGUUUGACAGUGUUGAGGAUCAGAGGGAUAAUCAGCAAUGUGAGGUUGAGGACACAGGUCCUCUAGUUCUUAAUGCAUUCGACAUGAUAAUGUUAUCUCAAGGCUUAAACCUGGCAUCAAUCUUUGAUCGGGGACAGGACACUAUGAAGUACCAAACACGCUUCGUCACUCAAAAGCCAGUAAAAGUGGUUUUAACAAGUAUGGAAGUUGUGGCACAAUCAAUGGGAUUCAAGACGCAUAUUCGUAACUAUAAGAUGAGAAUAGAGGGUAUUUCAGCAAAUAAGAAAUCUCAUUUCUCGGUUAUAUUGGAAGUUUUUGAAGUUGCUCCAACAUUUUUCAUGGUGGAUAUUCAGAAAGCAGCUGGAGAUUCUAGUGAGUAUCUCAAGUUUUACAAGAAUUUUUCUAGCAAUCUUGAAGAUAUCAUCUGGAAAUCGCCUCAUGAAACAAGCAAAUUGAAGACCUCCAAGAAUAGAAGCAAAAGACACUAG